AUGUUAAAGGACACUGCCUCUUGGGUUCAAUCACAGGGGAGAGCUGUAGCCGGUUUCGUUGACAACGCAGUUCAAAAUCCUAACAGCUUAAGCUACCUAACCGUAGGCGCCACAGCAGUUGCAGCAAUGGGUUUAGGAUAUUAUUUGACAAGAGAAACAAAUAACAAACUCACACCUCUUGUUGAUCCCAACAAUCAGAGUGAAGUUAAGCCUGAUGGUUCAAGAGUUUGCGCCUAUUUGAAAGGAAAAGAGCUUGUUCCCUACAUGUUUGAUGAUGCUCGUACUCUCUAUCAAGGUGUUCGAAGAGGUGCCCGUCUCUCGAACAAUGGACCCAUGCUUGGUAGCCGCGUGAAACAAGCCAAUGGAUCAGAACCUUACGUUUGGAUUUCUUACAACGAAGUUCUUGACCGUGCCAAUAACGUAUCAGUUGCUUUCCGCGAGCUUGGGAUUCCAGUUGGAAACGAUAUCAAUAUCGGAAUUUAUUCGAAAAAUCGCCCUGAGUGGAUUAUAACUGAGCUUGCUACUUACAACUAUUCGAAUGUUAUUGUUCCCAUUUAUGAAACACUUGGGUCUGAGGCUUGCGUUUACAUCUUGAACCAAGCCGAAAUUCCGAUCAUCGUUUGUGAUGCUGCUUCCAAAGCUGCAGGAUUAUUGAAGCAGAAGCCUAACUGCCCAUUCCUGAAAGUAUUGGUAAUCAUGCAGACACCAAGUGAAGAAAUGCUCAAUGAAGCUUCUUCUCUUGGAGUUAAACUACUCACUUUCGACCAACUUGAAAAGUUGGGUAAGGAUUCUUCCUCCCAUUCUGCCCAUAUUGAACCAAAGCCCGAAGAUUUGGCUACUAUCUGCUACACUUCUGGAACUACGGGAACUCCAAAAGGAGUCAUGCUCACUCACGCUAAUGUAAUAGCCGAUGGAGUGUGUAUGGAUUUUUUCAAGCACUCGGGCAUUCAACCUUCUGAUUCGAUGAUCAGUUUUCUUCCUCUGGCACAUAUGUUGGAAAGAGUAAUUGAAAGUGUUUGCUUUAUGGUUGGAGCGAAAGUAGGAUUCUAUAGAGGAGAUAUUCGUCUUCUAGUAGACGAUAUCAAAGAACUGAAACCUACUGUUGUUCCUGUUGUUCCUCGUGUUUUGAACAGAAUGUAUGACAAGGUUAUGUCUGAAGUCAACAAAUCGAGAGUCAAGAAAGCUUUGUUCGAGUUGGCAUUACUGUACAAAUCUCGAGAGAUGAGCAAAUUUAUCGUACGUAAUGAUGGGUUCGUCGAUGCUCUUUUCAAAAACAUCAGAGAAGGCCUUGGAGGAAGAGUGAAGCUGAUGAUCACCGGAUCGGCUCCUCUCGCUGAUAAUGUCUUAUCUCUCAUUCGCGCCGCCAUGGGAUGCAUCGUUGUCGAAGGUUAUGGUCAAACCGAAUGUGUUGCAGCUUGUACCGUUUCCAUGGAGGGAGACUCUAAGGCAGGACACGUUGGUAUGGUGAUUCCUUCAGCCAAUAUCAAGUUGGUAGAUGUACCUGAGCUUGGUUAUUUCGCUAAAGACAACGCUGGAGAAGUUUGUGUCAAAGGUCCAAUUGUUUUCCGCGGAUAUUACAAAAAUCCUGAGCAAACUGCCGAAGUCCUCGACGAGGAUGGAUGGUUGCAUACCGGAGAUAUUGGACGAUGGACAAAAGAAGGAACUUUGAAAAUUGUAGACAGAAAGAAGCACAUUUUCAAGUUGUCUCAGGGAGAGUACGUUGCUCCAGAGAAAAUUGAGAACAUCUACAGUCGCUCUAAGUUCAUCGCUCAAUCAUUCGUUUAUGGGGAGUCCUUGAAAACAUGCCUGAUUGCCGUUGUAGUUCCUGACGAAGAAGUACUUGUUGCUCAUUGUGAGAAACUUCAUGGCCAAAAAGAAACAUUCGAAGAACUCUGCAAGCGUGAGGACGUUAAGAAGAUGAUUCUUGACGAUUUAAUAGAUAUCGGAAAGAAAGCUGGUUUGUUCUCGUUUGAACAGGUAAAAGAUAUUCACGUUUCCCACGAAUUGUUCAGUAUUGAAAAUGAUCUUUUAACUCCUACUCUGAAAUCUAAGAGACCAAAGUUAAAACAACACUUCGCAGAAGAAUUAGCAGCCAUGUAUGCUCAUCAAAACUAA